AUGACUUCCGAUAUCCUAACGCCACCGCCCGUGUCGGAUCACCCCGGCGUGGCGUCAACAGAUCUGCCGGGUGUCACUAAAAUAACCCGUCUCUCGCGUGACAGCACAGUCAACUUCACUAUAAGCUCUAUUAUGGCAGCAGCUCAUCAGCUUCCCGAGAACCAUCGUAAUGAUCCUCCUUCGAAUGAGGAACUGACAUCUCGACUAGACAGCAGUCAAGAUGCAAGUGGCAACAACGGAAUUGACGCCAAUUCAAAUAUUUGUGAAAAAAAGGAGCUGACGGAAGCGGCGGCUUAUGACAAGCUGGGCUAUAGCUUUCCGGUAUGGAGAAAGUGGCAGAUUCUGUCGGUGAUGUUUUGCAUUCAGAUUUCAAUCAACCUGAACGCUAGUCUCUAUGCCAACGGCGUCCAGGCCAUAUCCCAAAAGCAUAAUGUCAGCGAACAAGUCGCAAGAAUUCCACAAUUGACUUUCCUCUGCGCCUAUGCCUUCGGUUGUGAGCUUUGGGCGCCAUGGAGUGAAGAGCUUGGACGAUGGCCAACACAGCAGCUUAGCCUUUUACUCGUCAACAUAUGGCAACUACCUUGUGCAUUUGCUCCCAACUUUGCAACUUACGUCGUGGUGCGCCUCCUUGGUGGGCUAAGUACGGCUGGUGGCUCGGUGACUUUGGGAGUCAUCGCAGAUAUGUGGGAACCCGAUGAACAGGAAUAUGCUGUUGCAUUUCUGGUACUCUCUUCAGUGGGUGGUUCAGUUGUUGGCGCGGUGAUAGGAGGCUUCGUGGAAGAGCGUCAGCCGCUGGCUUGGAUCUUUUGGGUCCAGCUUAUCGCCGGUGGAGCUGUGCAACUGAUGCACCUUUUCCUAGUACCGGAAACACGAGCUACCAUUAUUCUCGACAGGGAAGCAAAGAAAAGACGAAAAGCCGGCCCAGGAACCGUCAACGUUUGGGGGCCUCAUGAGAUUCACGGGUUCUCACUGUCGCCGCACGACAUCUGGAUUGUAUGGAAGCGACCAUUUCACAUGCUACUCACCGAACCCAUCGUCAUGUGGCUUUCGCUCCUAAGCGGUUUCAGUGACUCCUUGAUUUUUACAUUCCUUCAGGGAUUUCAACCAAUUUAUAAGCAAUGGGGCUUCGGAACAAUUCAAAUUAGCCUCGCUUUUAUCCCGCAAAGACGACGAAAAUAUGGUUCCGAAUCCGUCUCUCCAGAAACACGCUUAUGGUGGCUGCUCUAUGGAACAAAAAUUCUCAUGCAUAUAACAGUGAUUCUAUGUUUACCUAUCGGUCUGUUUGGAUUUGCAUGGACAAGUCUUGGUCCACCAAGGGUUCCCUGGAUUGCCCCUAUGCUUUUCACGAUGGUAAUUGGCAUUGGCAAUUAUUCGAUUUAUCAAUCUUCUAUUGACUAUACAAUCGCGGCUUAUGGAGAGUAUGCUGCAUCUGCCACGGCCGGCAAUGACUUUGCACGCGAUUUCUUAUCUGGAAUUGCGGCCAUGUAUUCCACGCCUAUGUUCGAGAAUAUUGGACACAAAUACCCAUACGAAUAUGCGUCAACGAUCCUCGCUUGUGUUGCCGUAUUAGUCACAACACCGAUAUACUACUUUUAUAGCCAUGGUCCCGAAAUCCGCGAACGAUCCCCAUUUGCGAAGAAAAUGAUGGAGCACACAAAGCAGCGCCGUUUAUCUCGAAUUUCUACUGACGAGAAGAGAGCAAGUCAAGAUCAUCACUUGGAGGAAGUUCAUGAACCAAGUGCGUGA